UCCAAAGUUCCAAAAUUAAAAAGCUUUAAAUCUCUAUCCAAAAUUAGCUCUCUACUAUUAGGUCGGGACUCAUACUUUGAGAAUCUCUGCCUCAGAUCGAUCGUGAUGAUAACGCGAAAAAGAAGUUGAACGAAUGAAGGAAAGUAGGCACAAUGCAUCCUCGCGUAUAUUGUGGUACGAAGACAGGUUUGAAGCAGUACGAGUGCCAGACUUGUCGCAUUAGUAGCGCGAAUUAAAGAGGGUCGCUAGCGAGUUCUCUUCAGUGUGCGUUCGAAUAUAAAACUAUCGAAGAUUUAUCUCGAUUAGUAUUUAAUAUUAGAAGAAUAUACAAGAAUCUUCUGUUCAUUGGACUCCACACAAAAUACACUUUCACGUUCAUUUUGCUGAUGGCAAAAUUUUUGCACAACGCAUUGUUUCGACCUCAGAACAUGAGAUGCGAAGAAAUUGUAUAUCAUAUUACUGAAAUGCAGCACUAUGUGUGAUUGUGACACCGAGGCCCACGUGCGUAUACUCGCUAUGAUUGCUCCUUUCGAGCUGGAUGAUCGAUCGUGGAUUUCAGAGGAUAUCGCUUGCGUUACGACUCGACAAGUAGUCAAUCGUUUUGAAAUAUCUAUUUGAGUGAAUAUAUUUAAUCUACGGAAUACAUUUACGGAUAUGUACGUUACGAUAGCGAGACGCUGAAUAAAUACUGGUGGAUUUAUCGAAUUUCAGCCUUAUCGACACUAUGAGUUCUUCCAAAUUUUCAGGAAUUAUCUCGAGUGAUAUCCUGUCUUUUUUAUUUACAGUAGCAGAGAUACUUUUUUAUCGUUACCUGUAAAUCCUUAAAUGAGCACAUUGGUAAUUCUAUCUAUUUAGCUUUAUGUUCAGAUACGUAUUUUUUAAAUCAAGGAAAUUAUAGUAUUUAGAUAUUCAAUUACAAGAUAAGAAAGUAUUUCCAACCGUUCAACAAUGUAUAUUUCGAUAACGCCGGUAAUUUACGCAUCAUUUAUUCGUCAUUGCUCUGUCGAAAGAUCGUAACGCAAGAAACGACAAAUUAUGUUAAAAUGAAGCAACGUCCGGAUAUAUCUGAGACCGACGUAAAACAUACGAUUACUUGAAAUUGAGUCACGGCAAUAGCACAACAAUUCUAUCGACGCUAACGAAAGCUUUCAGUUGAUCAGAACCUCUAAUUCGUGAAAGUGUCUUUCGUUGUGUAAAUGCAGAAAAUUCGCUCGAAAACCUUACCGAUCUCUUCUCCUCGUAAAUCGGUCAGGUUACAAAAUGCGCACCUCAGCCUAGUUGGAUGUGAUUACAUCUGUUGCCCCAUGUUGCGUGUAAAUAGGAGCAGUACCGUCAUCGUUCAGCCAUUGCUCGAUCGUCCUAUCAAUCGUGUUGUUGGAUCUUAAAUCUUGUUUACGUUUCUCCUUUGGAAAAGAGUAUCCUUUGAACAUUUACGACGACUUAUGUUACGUGUUUCGAGCGUGUGCUAUCGGUCGAUAAUUUCACGAGAUCAAUAGGACAGGAUUAUUGGAACAAGGAUAUUCAAGAUGCGAUACACGUACGGGACAUUUGAUAUUUAACCAGUUGGCAUUCGUUAUUAAGCAAUUUGGAAAUUUAUGGAAUCCGGUGGAUAAGUGGCAGUUAACGAAUCGGAGAUUAAAGAACAGGUUUGCUACACGAACAUGUGCACCAGGUGAUAGAAAGGUGUGUAUCAAUAUUCGUGGACACGAUUGGUUGAUACGAUUCCUGGAAUCGAAAGAGGGAGAGGUACUCCUUCGGGAACAACGAUAGGCUCGAUAUUGUUGGACGACCAGUGUAUCGGUAGCUAUGGACGAAACGUGGAUCUUUGUCAAAUUGUGACGUGAUUUCCUUCCAUUCAGAUUUGGUCCCAUUUCAAACAAUCCAGAACUCUCCUCACACGAACCACUCUGUCCACUCCUCACUCGAAACAAGAUAGCAAGACAGCACAAUAGUGGAAUUUCUACAGCGACCAUGAAAUAAUUCAAACGCCUCAAGAGCUUAAACAUUAAAACUAAUGUUUGUUCAAUUAUCGCAAAUUCACGAAGAAAAACUCCCUCGGCCUUCAGAUCGAAUUUGCAUUCAGAAACACGUGAGACAAUCAUUCAUCAGAAUUCUGAAAGAGAACGUAAAUCUCUGUCUCUCCAAGGAUUAGUUCGUUAUUUAUGUUCCACUUUCCUUAUUUCGUAGCGAUCGGUAUCAGAGAAUUAGGUGGGCAAGGUACAGAUGCAUAUGUCCCUUCUUUCACCGAUCACACGUAAAACGUGCACAUACGUAACGCGAUCGAACGUGACUUUGCGUCAUUGCGAAUUUUUUUCCGAUCUGCACACUCCUUCCUCGAGAUCGAAAUCGACCAAUGGGACUCGAGAACGUCGACACACGCCUUUCGAUCGGUUCGCUGACUUUUACGAUCGUUAAUGAUCGUUUACAUACCGGAUAUUCUAGAAGGAGGAUGUCGAAGUCGGGUAGCAUCAAAGAUGGCGAGAAGGGGCCAUACGACCCGGUUCCAAUCACGGACAAACCGAACGACGAGAUCAAACUCGAGGCGAAGAUGUCCCUGUUGAACGGAAUCACCGUGAUCGUCGGCUCCAUUAUUGGUUCUGGCAUAUUCGUUAGCCCCACCGGGGUCCUCAAGUACACGGGAAGCGUGAAUGCCAGCCUCCUAGUGUGGACAGCUUCCGGCAUUUUCUCCACUGUAGGCGCAUAUUGUUACGCAGAGCUGGGAUGUAUGAUCAGAAAGUCGGGCGCCGAUUACGCGUAUAUCAUGGAGACCUUCGGGCCUUUCCUGGCGUUCAUCAGGCUCUGGGUUGAGUGUAUGAUAGUGCGACCUUGCAGCCAGGCCAUCGUGGCCUUGACAUUCAGCGUCUACGUACUGAAGCCGGUGUUCCCAGACUGCACGCCACCGGACGAUGCCACGAGGAUACUCGCUGCGUGCUGCAUCUGCAUCUUGGCGUUCAUCAACUGCUGGGACGUAAAAUGGGCGACGAGGGUGCAAGACAUCUUCACGUACGCGAAACUACUCGCGCUCUUCAUCAUCAUUUUCACCGGAGCUUACCAGCUGUUCACCGGACACACGCAGUAUUUCACAUUCGACAACACGAACACAGAAGUGACGUCGAUAGCACUCAGCUUUUAUUCGGGACUGUUCGCUUACAAUGGCUGGAACUACUUGAAUUUCAUCAUCGAAGAGUUGAAGGAUCCUGUCAAAAAUUUACCAAAGGCCAUUGCAAUCUCCUGCGUGCUGGUCACUGUAGUCUACGUUUUUGCAAACAUGGCCUUCUAUACUACAUUGAGUCCUGUUGAGGUUUUGGGAAGCGAGGCUGUCGCUGUGACGUUCGCCAAUCGUUUAUUCGGCGUAUUCUCCUGGACGAUCCCAGUGUUCGUGGCUCUCUCAACAUUCGGUGCCGUAAACGGAAUUCUUUUAACUUCCUCGAGACUCUUCUACGCCGGAGCCUGCGAGGGUCAGAUGCCUGAGAUAUUAACCAUGAUCCAAACUUCGAGGCUCACCCCGACACCCGCUGUUCUCUGCAUGGCGCUGCUGUCCAUGUUGUACCUCUGCUCCUCCGAUAUUUUCGCUCUGAUCAACUACGUGGGUUUCGCUACCUGGUUGAGCAUAGGAGUCUCAGUAUUAUGCCUGCCAUGGCUCAGAUGGACUCAACCAAACCUACUCAGGCCCAUUAAAGUGAAUCUCUUUUUCCCAAUCAUCUACAUUCUUGCCACCCUUUUUGUAACCAUAGUUCCAAUGUACGCCAGUCCUGUGGAGACAGGAUACGGUUGUCUCAUGAUAUUCUCAUCCAUACCUGUGUACUUUAUAUUUAUCUCGUGGAAAAACAAGCCAAAAUUCUUCCAAAAAGGAGUCAGCGCCGUUACCAAAACUUUGCAGAAGCUGAUGGUAGUCGUCGGACCAAAGACUAAGUAAGCGUCACGAAGUUCCUGCAAAAGAUAAUGCUGGUCGUCGGCAAAUCGAAACCCGCUCAGGUUUAAUCAGUCAGAAUGGCUCCACGGCAUCCACGGAGGUGACUUCCGGUACCAAGACAACGACAAACGAAGCAAAGUUUCUGCAACACUCGUAGAACCUCAAGCUCGUUUCGUUCAAACUAAAGAACAAUUUGCAACUCGUGGAGUCUCCAACGAGUCAAAUUGAUAAACGAUUCAUAACAAAUAUGAAUCAGACUGGUAGAUAAAUUAUAAGUAGAUAUCUCGAAAUGGAUCUUACCGACGAGUAUUCAGUAGUUUGAAUUUCUUAUGAGACUGUUUGAAUCCGAAACGAGCGAUCCACGAGUGUGCCUGCCAAAAGACAGCCAUAUUUUGGAGCAGGAUACCUCAGAAACGAAGCAGCACGGAAGUUCUCUCUUGCCUGGAUAUCAUCUGCGUUGACAUCAAGAUUCUCGCGAGAUCAUAUCAUGCUCGUGAUUCCAGCGGAGGUGUAAUAUAGUGUUCAGAGAGUUGUGAUCGUUUACAGUAAUGAUUCUGACUGUAGAAUGACUAGUAACUACUAUUUAAUAAUGUGGAAAAUUAAAAAUUUGAAGAUUCAGAGAUUUGGAAAAAAGAGUAUAACAAUGUAGAAGAAUUUUUGACUGAAUUAUUUUCUGAAAUGAAGCAAAGAAUCUAUACUGUAAACUAUAACCAAUGUAUCUAAAUCAUCCUGUAGAUAGAGAGGUACCCACAAGUUUCCAGAAUUACAAGAAUAUUUUUUUGAAUAUUUUCUUUUUCCAUAACAAUUCCACAAACUUUUGGGUACAUCGGAUCACGAAUGUAAAAUAACAAAAAAGUAAACAAAAUCUAAUAAAAAAAGUGCAGUGUAUUGGCCUCCGUUGGAGACGCGACGUGUUCGAUUCUUUGUAACGAUUUGAACGUAUGUAUGUAUUUUUGUUCAUUCCACGCUUAUAUCAUUUCCAUUCGCGCGAUUCGAACCUUUUCCUCUUCAUAGGCGUCGAUAGCUAUCCCAUUAAAAAUCGUCAGCGAUAAUUUAUUGUAUCUUGUCGUUUCACGAAAGACAUUUUCGAAUGAUUUUCGAGAACUUCAUCAAACACUGUAUUCACGUUUUACUGCCACCGUACAAUAGUAAGCUCUUUCAGAAUCAAUCUUAACAAUUUGCCAACUGUGCUUUUAUGUCAAUUUUAAUAGAAAAUUUUUAAUGGUAGUAGAUUUUAAUUUUAAAUAGUAAUGCAUUUCAAUUUUAAAUACUAGUGGACGCAACAUAAUUUGAGAAUCAUAUCUACAAUAUAGCGUGGCAAUAUAACAAGAGUCUAUCAUUAAAUUUAAAUUACUCAUCAGGGUUUUACCAGUUGGCAAAGUGUUAAACCCACCGAGCGAUUCGUUGAUUAAAAAAGUUUGAAGAAAAACCGUCUGCGACCACAAUUCUUGAUUCUCAGAACUUUUUUAAGCGAGCAACAGUUUUAGGAUGACUUUAUUCGUAUCUCGAGCCUGUUUCUUUUUAUUUGUAUUCAUUCAUUCCUUCGCAAAUGUAUGCAUGCGUUUGAUGAGUGCGUUUAUUGUUGCAUGCACAGGUUUGAUAAAAAUUCGCGUUACGAAUUUUUAUCUUCAACUGAUAGGAUAGAGUCGGAUUCAUGUUUAACAUUAAGCGAUUUUUAUAUCCUUUUGUUUAUAUUGAUCAGCGAAGACGAUUAAAGGAAGGCAAUUUUAGGUUGCCUUGAUUCUAUAAUCAUUGAGUUCACUGUUUUAUGGCAAGGUCCAUCAUUCGGUAGCAAUUUAGCAGAUAUACAGUGUAUAAAAAAGCACAUCUCACUUCUUUGUCAGUGUACAAAUAUACACUGUAUAAUUAUGCUUCA